UUGAGAGAGAUUGAGACAAACAGAGGAAAGAGAGAGAGACAAGAGAGCCGUUUCCACCCACCUUCCCACCUCCUCCCUCUCUCUUCUUCUUCUUCUUCUUCUUCUUCUUCUUCUUCUUCUUCUUCUUCUUCUUCUUCUUCUCUAAGAAAUUCCUUUGCUUCAUCAUCUCCAUCAACAAAACUAAACAAACCUAUACAAAUUUAAAACCAGGAACACACAUUCUCCUGUUUUUUUUCAAAUUUAUUAGAGAUAGCUUAUUAUAACGAAAAAGAACCGGUACUAGGAGGAAGAAACAAGAUGCGACGGUGGCUGUGUUGUACUUCUCAGAUAGAAGAGGCUAAAAGUCCAAGGGAAAAUAACAAUGUUGUCUUCAAAAGUGAGAGGAGCAUUGGACCUGAAGAUGGUCACAAAAGGCAGACUCAGCUAGCCAAGAAUGACGUAUCAAAAUCACCACCACCUAUUGAAGUGCCUCCAUUGUCUUUAGAUGAACUGAAAGAAAAGACUGACAACUUUGGGUCAAAAUCUUUGAUUGGUGAAGGGUCUUAUGGAAGAGUGUAUUAUGCAACCCUGAAAAAUGGCAGAGCAGUAGCUAUUAAAAAGCUUGAUGUUUCAGCUGACCCUGAGCCCAGUAUCGAGUUCCUUAACCAGGUUUCCACGGUAUCAAGACUAAAGAAUGAAAACUAUGUUGAGUUGCUUGGUUACUCCGUGGAAGGCAAUCUUCGUGUCCUGGCGUACGAGUUUGCAACAAUGGGUUCCCUGCAUGAUAUUUUGCAUGGUAGAAAAGGAGUACAAGGUUCACAACCAGGUCCUGUUCUUGACUGGAUGCAGCGAGUGCGAAUUGCUGUAGAUGCUGCAAGGGGAUUGGAAUAUUUGCAUGAGAAGGUCCAACCAUCUAUAAUACACAGGGAUAUUCGAUCAAGCAAUAUCCUCAUAUUCGAUGACUUCAAAGCCAAAAUUGCAGACUUCAAUCUUUCAAAUCAAGCUCCUGACAUGGCUGCCCGUCUUCAUUCCACCCGUGUUUUGGGAACCUUCGGUUAUCAUGCUCCAGAGUAUGCUAUGACUGGUCAACUGACACAGAAGAGUGAUGUGUAUAGCUUCGGUGUCGUUCUUCUUGAGCUUCUGACCGGUAGGAAACCUGUUGAUCACACAAUGCCUCGUGGACAACAAAGUCUUGUAACUUGGGCAACACCAAGACUUAGUGAGGACAAGGUCAAACAAUGUGUAGAUCCCAGGCUAAUUGAUUAUCCUCCAAAAGGACUUGCUAAGAUGGCUGCUGUCGCGGCUCUAUGUGUGCAGUACGAAUCUGAGUUCCGGCCAAAUAUGAGCAUCGUUGUCAAGGCACUUCAACCUCUUCUCACACAGAAGCCUCAAGUUCCUGCACCAGCUCCCUCAGAAAUUUGAUGAAUUUUGUUUUAAUCUUGUAUUCCUAAUUCUAUAUCACAAAAGGGUGUUUCUUUACAGCUUAAUUGUAAUGUGCAUGAUUGGUUUCAUUUUAGUUAUAACUGCAGCAAAUGCUUGCAGCCCUAUUUGAAAUUUUCCAAUUGGAUUCAUUUGUUAAACCAUGCAUUGCGCAAUGGUUUAACCUAACCAAGGUUGGGACAGGGUUGCGGUGGAGUGAGUGAGGGUUUAUUCUUUUCUUUACUCAUGGAAUAAAGCGGCUCGCUAUUGACUGAUUUCAGAAACUGUAUAAAUUGAAAUUUAAAUUCUCUUUAUGUAUUUAUUAUUAAUA